CAACACGUGGGUCAGUCGAAGCGGGCUCAUCUGCACUGCUGGGUUGUCUAGGACACGACCCUACAUCGCGGCUCGCGGGCGUCAGGGCGCAGAUCAGCCAUGCCUUCCAUCGAGCAGUUCCAGCAUUGGAUGGCAACCAACGUGUGUGCUCUUGUCUUCGUUUAUCCGUGCGUGGGUUCUUUCGUCUGGCUGGGGACUCCUGCACGCCGGCUCUCGUACGACCGCCGUUCUCCCGGACUUCGUCGGCUCCCACUUUUGGAACUUCUAGUCUAUUGUCGCCUUCUAGCAGAGAUUGGUGGAAGACGACGAUGUCUCGCUAAAGGAGAGGAGUGGAGGAGGCGGGAGCAGCAAGAAUGGCGUGCUCCACCAAUCUCUGCUUCUCAGUGUCGAUUCCUCCUCUCCCAGCCUCUUGUUCUUCUGACUCCUCCCCCUUCCGCACAAUGGAGCGUGUGUCCUGCACUCUGUCCAGGUAUGUUUCUUGUUGCCCUACCUCCAUAGGCAUUGGUGAAGCGGUUACGGUGAUGGGGAUGGGCAAGAUCGUGCGGUGGUGCGCUGGGAAGUAGCACUUCCUCGCCAAGAGGAACACCAGGCGCAAGAAGAGGCUCUCCAAUAUGUCAAAAGAAUCAUAGACACCAUAGAUCUCUGGCGAUUGUUGCGGUUGGCGACACAAAAUUGGAACUUAAUGUGUUCCAAAUAGCGACAAUGCCUCACUCGAAACAGGUGUGGCAAUUGCAGCUUCAUUUGCUUCCAAGCAAAGAGGACCAAUGUUUCAGUAAGGUUGUUUCACUCACUAUUUUAAACUCUAUAAUAUAAUUUACAAUUUAAAAUAAUGUUUUAUAUGACUAUAUAUAUGCUCAGUCGAUUACAGUCUAAUAACGGGACUUCUAAUAACAGGACUUUUGAUUGUCUUUGUCUACAAUGGUUUAUCAAUUUCACCCUUCCUACACAUGAAACUCGCACUAGGUACAACAGCUAUGACAGAGAACAAAAAGGUAGUCUUUUGUUGACUAAGGCCUUGUUCGUUUCUGCCGGAUUGGUAGGUCGGAACGAUUCCUGACCGGAUUGUUUCUCUAAUUUAUAUAAACUUUGAUUAGCUGGAACGAUUCCAGUUAUAAUCCGACGGAAACGAACAAAGGACUAAGACGUCUCCAACCGUCUCCUCUCCCCUCACCGUAUUUGCUAUUGUGGUCUCCAACCGUCUCCUCUCUCCUCACCAUGUUUGCCAUUGCAUUGCAUGUACAACGUCACAAUAUACUCUUUCAACAACUCACCCCGCUCUAUGAAUGAGGGAGUUUUAAGGGCAUGUUUGGUUCGUAUCUAACUGUAUUACACUUUGCAUAAGGUUAGUCGUUCGAAUUGAAGAACUAACCUUCGAUAAAAAAAAAGUUAGGCAAAGUGUAGCAAAUUAAGCAGUGAACCAAACAUGUCCUUAAUCUCCCUGCUUCCAUUAUCUUAAUUUAAUUACCUGAUAAUAAUGUGUUGUCUUGUUCUUGAUUCAUAGCGGUUGAAAAUAAGUGACCAACAAUAUUCGUUCCAAAUUUUUAACUACCCGUAUCCGUUCAUGUAUCCUGGAGAAAUAUAUUACGUUAGGAUACAGAAUAACUUUGUAUCUAGUUCCUGUUUUCAUCCCUAAGCAGACAGCACUGUCGCAAGCCAUAAUCUGCAAUAACAACAUAUAAUUGUGCCAUCCAAAAAACGUAAUUAUUGUUUGUUCGAGAUAAUGCGCUAAUAACGUGUGGCUAGUUCUAGCAACUGGAUGUGGGUGCCUGCAGUGUGGGCCCGAGCAAAUCCAUCUCUUGCGCUCGCAGACAACGGCCUUCCCGCCGCCGGUACAAUCAGAUGCAGAUGCUAAUGAUACAGUCCGUCCAGACCCCACCCGCCGCCGCCCACCUCCGCGCUGCUGCGCCCGCCAGCACGCCACCGCUCCUCGCGCGUAGGCUGGCCGGUUCUCGUCCAGCUCCCGCCUCCGCCGGAACAAUCAGAUGCAGCCGAUGCUAACGCUACAGUCCGUCCAGCCCCCACCCGCCGCUGCCCACCUCCGCGCCGCUGCGUCCGCCAAGACGCCACUGCUCCUCCCGCGCAGAGCGGCCGGUCCUCCUCCAGCUUCCGCCUCCGCCUCCGCCUCGGCUGAGUUCCCAGGAUCCGUUCCAGACAGCGCUCAGAUGGCGCCCCGACGGCGGCGGCGCCGGAGCGUGGCCGGCAUCGACCAGGACGAACUCCUCGAUCCCGAGGCCCUCGCGGACCCCGACAGCGGCUUCUACGAGAUCAACGGCGUGAGGCUGCACCACAAGGUCUGCAGCCACGAGGAUGAGGACUCGUCCAGCGACCAGUCCACCGGUAGUACCAUUGCCUCAGACUCAGACGCUGUCCUGAAAAGCCAGAUUGGCCUGCCCAUACUGCUGCUGCACGGCUUCGGCGCGUCAGUCUUCUCCUGGAGCAGUGUGAUGCGGCCUCUCGCCCGCAUUGUCCGUGCCAAGGUUCUUGCGUUCGACCGGCCGGCGUUUGGGCUGACAUCCCGGGCCAGUCGCUCUGCCGAUGACGCCAAGCCUCUCAAUCCUUACUCCAUGGCGUUCUCGGUCUUGGCCACGUUGGCGUUCAUCGACUACCUUGGCGCUGAGAAGGCCAUACUUGUUGGGCACUCAGCUGGUUGCCUUGUAGCAGUGGAUGCAUACUUUGAGGCACCGGAACGGGUGGCUGCUCUCGUGCUAGUUGCGCCGGCUAUAUUUGCACCAAGGAAGGCGGUGAAAGAGGGCCAGUCAGGGGAAGAAGAAGGAGGGCAGCAAGCACAGAGGGUUCCCAACGAUGAAAAUUCGCCUCCAAAUUUGUUCGCUAGGAUUUCGGGAGGAUUUCUUGAGCUAUGGAAGCACGUUGCGGGGCUUGUUCUCAAGAUGAUCACAGCGAUACGAGAUGUGGUCCGAUCUUUGUGUCUUAAAGCUGUCGUUGCUUUUCUUCGGUCAUCGUUGGGUGUGGUGCUGGUAAGAUGGGUGAUGGAUAAAUUUGGUAUACUGGGCGUCCGGAAUGCAUGGUAUGACCCGAGCAAAGUAACUGAUCAUGUCAUACAAGGCUACACAAAGCCUCUAAAAUCCAAGGGUUGGGAGACAGCUCUGCUGGAACACACCGUAUCCAUGAUCAUAGAUUCUGUGUCUGCAUCAAGAGUACCAGUUUCAAAGAGGCUUUCUGAGAUCUCAUGCCCAGUGCUAGUGGUGACAGGUGACACCGAUCGCAUUGUUCCUGCUUGGAAUGCCGAGCGUGUGGCACGCGCUAUACCUGGAGCAACUUUUGAGGCGAUCAAGAGUUGUGGUCACUUGCCCCACGAAGAAAGGCCUGAGGAAUUCCUGUCCGUCGUUGAAAAUUUUCUACGGACAACGUUUGCAAAUCCAAAUGAACAAGUAUUUCAAGCAGCUGUAUCAUGAAUUAUGUGUUGAGUACGAUCUAUUUGCUUUAUAAUAAAUCUUAAAGACCCACUCGUGUACAAUGAGAGUGGAAUUUGGAGUUUAAGCACAUGAGAAGUAAAAGAAGUUGAAGAAAACUUAUAUAGUUUGUCUCCUGCUUUUUUUUAAACAAAGCAAGAGAGGGAGAAAACUAAA